UUAACUAACAACACUAAAUCAGUGAAAAUGUUUUCAAAAGGAGACGUUUCGAAAAGUUUAGAAGCAUCUAAAAAACCUAGUUAUAUACACCACAUAGGUGAACAACCUCUAAAAUAUAUCACAAUCGGGCGACUUUUGGCAGAAGCAGCCAACAAAUUCGGCCAACGAAAGGCCAUCAUUUCAGUCCAUCAGAAUAAAUUUUUGACGUUCUCUGAUCUUUUACAGAAGGCUGAUAAAUUGGCAGCAAGUUUGAAAAUACUAAAUUUGGAGAAAAAUGACCGUUUGGGAAUAUGGGCUCCGAAUUUGAUGGAAUGGUACGUCACCAAGAUGGCGUGCGCACGAGCUGGUCUGAUUUCGGUAUGCGUAAAUCCUGUUUUUGAAGCCUCGGAAAUCCAAUAUUGUAUCAACAAAACUGAAAUGAAGGCUUUGGUGUGUGCUGAUAAAUUUAAGCACCAUGAUUACUACGAGACUUUGUUAACUGUGGCCCCAGAACUGGACCAGUGCGACCCUGGCAAACUUCAAAGUAAAAAAGUGCCAUCUCUUAGAACAGUUAUUCGCAUCAGCAAGGAAACUAAAAGAGGUACUUACAAUUUUCACGAAAUUUUGGAUCUAGUUGCUGACACUGAAAUCGCUGCAGUACAAAAACUGCAACACAGAAUCAGUCCAGAUGAUGGCUGCAGCCUUUAUUUGACUUCAGGAACCACUGGACAACCAAAAGCGGCUUUAGCAACCCACUUCAAAAUGGUGAAUAAUGGGUUUCUAUUAGGAAAAAGACUAGAACUAGCCAGCAAGCCUCACACAAUUUGUGUACAGCUACCACCUUUUCAUAUUUAUGGUACCCUCGCUGGAAUCGUGGCGUCGUUACAUCACGGUAGUACCAUAGUUUUACCAACAGAUGGGUACCAAUCCGAUAAAACUUUCGACGCAAUCAAAAACGAGAAGUGCACGGUGAUUGUUGGAACUCCUACAAUGUUUGUAGAUCUAACUGAAACUCGACAAAAACGAAAAGAAUCUAUAUCUGCAGAGAUAGCUGUCUUAGGUGGUGCCCCAAGCUCACCACAUCUGCUACAACAGAUUAUAGAAAUCUUAAAUAUUCCUAAAAUUCAUUCGGUCUAUGGUCUAACAGAAUGUGUUGGAUCAGUGUUUCAAUCAGUGCCAACAAAAUCUACAGAAAAGUGUCCAAUACUUGUGAACUAUUUACAAGAACAUAUGGAGGCUAAAGUCAUUGAUGAAAAUGGUAGUGUGGUACCUUUUGGUACUCCUGGAGAACUAUGCGUACGAAGUUAUAGUAACAUGUUGGGUUACUGGAAUGACGAAAAGAAAACUAAUGAUAUGUUAGGGCUAGACGGUUGGCUUAGAACUGGAGACCAAUUCACUCUUGAAGAAGAUGGAAGUGGACAAGUGGUCGGACGAAUAAAAGAUGUGAUUAUACGAGGAGGAGAAAAUGUGUUUCCAAAAGAAAUCGAAGAAUUUCUGAUCACACAUCCAAAUAUUUUGGAAGUGCAUGUGGUUGGUACACCACAUAAAAGGCUAGGGGAAGAAGUGUGUGCGUGUGCGAGAAUUAAACCACAAUCAAAUUUAACCCUUGAAGACAUCGUAACUUUCUGUAAAGGAAAGUUGGCGUAUUUCAAAAUUCCCACGAGGAUGGAAAUUUUCGACAGUUUUCCUCGAACAGCUGGAGGGAAAAUCCAGAAACUUAAACUUCAAGAAAUGCUGUAUGAACGAAAUUUUUAAAGAAAAUUUGUAAUGGUAUUUUGUUAU